AGAUAUUAUGUAAGCUUUGAUUUUCUACCAUUUGUUAAAGAUUAAAGAGUGAAGUAGGAUGGAGGAGAUGGAUACACGGAUAGGGAGACAGGGAUUCAAGGUUCUAAAGGAGAGGGAUACAAGGGAGCAGGAUACAAUAUAAUAAGAAUAACAACAACAUUGAGAUGGAUAAAUAUAAACAAAGCCCCCCAGCGGAGACGGUCAACCCAGGAUAUAAAGAUGAAAACAAACCGACAUUUGUCAAAGCAAGAAAAACAAAACGUCUCAGGAUGAGAAAAUCCCUGGUGAAGGUGAAACGAAACCUCCAGGCAAAUAAAGUAACAACACAAUUUUUUCCACCACAAGGCGAGGUUGCCACCAACCUUACUCUAAUUGUAGCAGUUAUUAUCAUCUUCUUCUGUGCCCGAGCUGUCCUGGGCACAAUAGCAGCUCCUGGAGGAACUAUAUUUGCUCUUUUUAUUCUCAUUCUUCUCUCACUCAUUGCGGGACAAAUUGUAAUACAAGUAGCUUCUUGGAUAUCGAAGCUUGUGGGCAUAGAUAUCAAGAUACCUCCUCUGCUUGGAAUGAUGGCUGUUGGGAUUACUCUUAAAAAUGUUCCUUACAACUUUGGCCAGUUUGGUAGAGCUGAGUGCAUUGGGAAUGUUUCAGUUGAGUUUGCAGACUCUCUUCAUAACUUUGAGAUAAAUUCAUCUGAAUUUGAUGAGGAACUAAUGGGAUUUACAGUAAAACCUUCCAUCAGACUGCAUGACAUAUAUGGAGCUGAAGCCCAGCAUUCUCUUGAUCAUACUGUGUCUGAAAACCAGCGUAUAUCAAGCAAUGUGGACCAACAUGAAGUCUUUCCUCUAAAUGAUCAUGAAUAUAAUCCUAGUACGGCUGAUGAUACUCUGAGCAAUGUUGUUCAAAAAUCUACCCCAUACCAGGAACGGUUGCAGGGGAUUAUUCAGAACCAUAUUGACACACUGACUAAAAUUGGUGAGCUUCAUCAAGAAUUGACCAAACCAACUACUCCAUCAGAUGAAGAUGUUAUAGGAAGUAAGCAUCCUAAAAUGAAUGUUUUUAAAUCCCCCAAAUGGCCAACUGACCACAGUUCAGAGGAAAACAUUUUAAACUUGAUGGAUUCAAGACAUAAAAGAACCUUACGUAGUGAACAUGCUGAAGAAAGUACUUCACUGCCUGAGGAUUCCUGUAAGAAAAGAUUCAUUGGGCAUGAACUUGAUCCCUUGCUGUCUCGAACUCUAAGAUCCAUAUGUCUGACAGUUAUUCUACUCAUGGCAGGCCUAGAACUAGAUCCUCCUGCACUCUGGAGACUUAAAUGGAUUGUACUCAGAACUACAUUUAUUCCUUGCCUUGUAGAGGCAUUUGCAGCAUCUUUAUUUUGCUAUUUGAUCCUUGGAUUUCCCUUUCUUCCUGGUCUAUGCUUUGGAUUUGUUCUCUGCGGAGUAUCUCCAGCUGUUAUUAUUCCAGGAUUGGUGAAUCUGAGUCAGAGAGGAUACGGAGUAAAGAAGGGAAUACCAACACUGGUUAUUGCAACAUGUUCUGCUGAUGAUCUUGUGGCUAUUGGAGGAUUUGGUAUUGCACUUGGUAUCACUUUUAAUCCAGAUGCUUCAAUUACCGAUCUUGCCAGCCAUGGUCCAAUUGAAGUCACCAUGGGUAUUGGAUUUGGAAUCUUCUGGGGUUAUGUAUGCCAGUGGCUCCCAAGUAGACAUAACAAAGAUUAUAUCCUGUUCAGAUUUAUUAUACUUUUUUGCGGAGGUCUCUUUGCCUUGUUCGGAGCCCAUCUAAUCCACUAUGACGGUGCAGGUGGUCUGGCGUGCGUGAUCAUGGCAUUUGUUGCCUCAAUUCAGUGGAGAAAAGAAGGAUGGGGAGAUCAUAAUCCCAUAACUGACAUCUUUGGGAAAAUGUGGAUUAUCCUCGCUCCCAUCAUAUUCUCUCUGAUCGGAACUAAUAUCCAGGUUGAUAAGAUGAACGGUGAUACUGUAGGGUUAGGAGUUGCCGUUAUAGUUUGCUGUAUUCUAACAAGAAGUUUUUUUACCUAUUGGUCUGCAACAUUUGGAGGACUAAACACCAAGGAAAAGUUAUUUCUAAGCCUGGCCUGGCUUCCAAAAGCCACAGUUCAAGCUGCCUUAGGUCCAGUAUUUUUGGACAAUGCUUUGAGGUCCGGAAUAACAGAAUUUGUUCCGUACGGAGAACAGAUUCUCAAUAUGGCAGUUCUAUCAAUUGUGAUCAGUGCUCCCUUGGGAGCCGUCCUAAUCCUAGCCACAGGGCCCUUGCUUCUCCAUUCUGAUUUAGAGGUUAAAGGAAGCACAGAUGAGGGAUCUGAUCUGGAAGAAGCUGAGAAGGAGGAGGAGGGGCAGGAAGAGGAUGCUGAGGAGAGAGAGGAAGAGGAUGCUGAGGAUAGAGAAGAUGAGGAGAGGGUGGAGGAAAACGCGAAUAAAUCCUUCAAAAAUAAUUCUAAGAUGUUAAAUAAUGAAAUGGAAAGUGUGGACGUAUGUCAGGGGGAUCUUUCUGUAGACAAUAAAAAGAUCGUAAAAGAACAUUUGAACUAAAGAAGCGAGAUAAACAUUGAAAAGCAUUUCAGUAUUUUCCUAUAUAUCCAGUUAUUCCCCAUUUUCAAUAUUUUCUUUUAUUUUGAUCUGGCUGAAAAUUGAUAUGACUAUAACAGUCAAAUUGCCUACACUUUUCUCAGAAAUCCAUCGGAUUAUCUACAAUUUAGUCUUUGCCACAAACUCUAAACUUUUCUAAUCCCUAUAUCUUUACAACCUGAUGUUGUAAACCUUAGAUAUUUUUUCUUGCAGAAGCCAUAGAUUAAAACAUGUGAAGUGUACGGCAUUAUGUUAAAAAGGUUUAUUGAAUGAGAAAAUCAAAGCUUGUGACAAAUUCUGAAUUCCUUAACAAGAUUUUUUGCUGAAAAUUCGUUCGCAGAAUUAAAUAAAAAAUAGCUUUUUUGUAAA